AUGUCGGAACAACGCGACACCGCUUCUGUAUAUGACCACCGCGAUAGAGCUCCCGACUCGCGACGGAAAGAGCCUGCGAUAACAGCAAGGCGGACAGAAGAUGGCGUAGAAUACGACCUUCCAACCGAACGCGACGAUCAACCAGUCACACAUGAAUCUGGCGAUGGCGCCGGAGAAGCGAGCACCUCUGUUCAGGAGUUCGCGCAUCAGUCUGAGGUCAUCCGCUCCCUACAAGCUGAGAACAGGCGCCUAGCCGAAGCGAUCGAACAAGCUCGCAUUGAGCUGAUUGCGAAAGAUGCUCGGAUUGCGGAAUUGACUGCUGGCGGCGAUUCUACGGGCGCGAAGGGGCCCAGGUCGUGA